GAGUGUCUUUCUUCUGCAAUUUCCUGCCUACGCUGCCAUCGAUUGUCAUCAACUCCUUUGGUUUCUCUUACUCCAGCUGUCUAUCAGCCGUUGUUCCAUUGUUCUCUAUCCCUACCGGCAUGGACAGCGCGAGUCCGCGAUGCCUCUCGAAGAGAUCCACCCCAAUGUGCAAAGGAUCGUAUCAUCUCUUGAAACAAAGGCGGACAAUGGCGCCCCUACAGCAUCUGCCACCUCUCUUCGUUCCAGCGCCGUUCAGAGCAUGUUGAGAACGACAACCGAGCUAGGUGACAGCGGGCCUUUUGCUAUACGGCCGUCCAGAAUACCUCGCGCUGGAUCUCGAGUCCAAUCAACACGGCGUCGGUCUGGCUCUUUCGACACCUCCUUCGCAUCUCAGCUUCGUCAUCAACGGUCUCCACGGGCACGACGCUCCCAUCGGCAUCAUGGCUUAAGGCCCGUUCCAUCUUCCUCCGGUCUCUCAGGUCGGGAGACUAUAUAUUCCACCACAGCUUCCCAGCACUCGGGCUUACGGCCAAGAAGAGCUGGACAUCGGCAUAGAUCGCACGGGCUUCAAGGUCUCGCAGGGCCGCCGCUCGCGCCCCGUGGCCUUUAUACCCAUAGGUCGUUAAUCACCUUACGAAGCCAGCGAGACUUUCAAAGCUUGCAUUCGAGCUCGCCAAUGGUGUAUUCAGGGCAUCCAAGGAGACCUCGUCAUCGAGCCUCCUCACCGGCCUUCAGUGAGGUACUACAGCCGUACAGGUACGCACACAGAAGAGGGUACCCCCGUGGAGGUAGCAUUGGGACCGUGGCCUCCUCCCCGGUAUCUCUGUUUCCGAUGCGACCCGGGUUGCCAGGCUAUCGUCCCGAGCUGAAUAACUCCUUUUCUUCCUUUGUUCGCAUGCCCUCACCAGCUGUGUCUUCGAGGAACAUAGCCGGGGUCUCAUCGUACCCGCCUUACAGGACAACCACGCCCAUGUCCAGCUCGCUGCACAACGCCCGUGGGACUUGGAACAACAGCGCAGGGUCAUUCAGAGGGUUGCCAAAGUCGCCGACUGAAUCCACCACGCCUCAUUACUACGAUUACUCCGAGUCCUUCUGGGAAGGAGACGGCAUCCAUCAGCCCGCCGAGCUCUCCGCGGUCAGUCUGGUCAUCAACGAAGACGUGACUGCACCAGAAAAUGAAGGCGUACCUGACCGUCGUCAAGCUCAAUCUCCUUUCGGCAUCAUGCAAGGCUCCACGUUUCAGCCAGCUGAACUUCCGACCCGUCACAAUCGUCGAUCGAGCGAACAAUCAAAGUACAGCUACGCGGGCGUGAUUCCGAGGCGUGUGUCCAGCUUGGCGGCCACAACAACUCCGGCGAGAAGUAACAGUGCCACGUCGAAGGCAAUUUACCCAGCAGUGCUUCCUUAUCAGGAAAAUCCAAGCAGGCCCUCGCGCGAGGACAAAGACAAUGCUCGCACUUCGACUGCUUCUCGCCGAACUUGUGGGUCAACUCACUCGAGUGCCUUUUUCCCCAACGCAAGUCGAAGCCCGCGCGACCUUACAUCCCUUGCUGCGAGAGUGCAUUCGCCGAGCUCCGACCGACGGCCUCAUGAUAGGUCCAUCUCACAGCUUCUGGAGUACGACUAUCAACAGGAGAGGAGCGGUGAAGACAGUGUAGGCGUCGAGGCUGGUCUGAUCCAUCCACAGUGGGAGCUACCAUCGUUCACGUUUAGGCCCCUCUCGCUGGUGUCAGGUGGUUCAGGACCUCGAGCUCGACCAAAAACAUCGGGAGAUGUUCCUCCAAAGGACACACUUGAAAUUCUCUCACCGAUGCCUCAGAGACCCAUGUCUUCGCAGAGCCAGAAGAGGUUCAGCCGCAUACUCGAGUUACAGGACAACUAUCCGGUAGACCACACUAUUCCGUUGUUCAAAGGCCAAACCCCUUCAAAGCUCAACCCUGUUGAAGAGCGACCGGACAUGCAGGCCCUGGCAGACAUGGCCGCAGGAUCUUCGGUAGAUGAUAGAUUGGCCAUUGAUGGCGGCCAUGGUGCUGUGCCGGAGGAGAAAGUCGUCGUCAACGCGGUGUGUUCGGAUGCUCAUUUCCGGGACAGUCACAACACCUUCCACGACAAAUCGACAGUUGAAUCUCUCCUUGACAGGCAUAUCGAAUGCCUGGGUCUGAAUGAUGACGGGCUCAGUCGCUUUGAGGGGCGGAGCGAUUCAGGACUGUCGGAUGUUGUGGACUACAGCAGCGCAGAAAGCACUGUAAAAAUCUCCACCAUUGUCAAGGAGUUGCAUUCAAAACCCAGACAGAGACCAGCAACGUCAAGCUCCUACCGGCACUCGAGUCUUGCUAGCACGGAGAGACGCAAGCUGAUGCCCCGGCGCCUGUUCGCCAGUAUGGAUUCGAGAAUGUCACCCCAGCCAAAUCGAGACAAUCCACGAGAGCUUUCCCGAGCAAACUUCUCGUCCGUUAGCAUGACUGAGUGUCAACUUUCUUCAGGCUGGCAGACGCUCCCUUCGGCCAGCGAGCUUCCGUCAAUUCGAACGAAAGUUUCAUUGACCUCGGGAGACAUGGCAGAUAUAGAUACAGACCCACCCACCGGCAGGUUCAAGAUCAGACGUGUUUCAGAACUAGCUGCCAGCACAUCGGAAUCUGGCAAGGCAAUUCCUGAUGCCGAAGAUUCGCAGCCGAGUCAGCCAUACUCCAUGCAUCGCAGGUCAAGGAGUGAUGUUAUGACCAUGCAGGCAUCCCAACAGAGACGACGUAUGCGCAUCAUGCUGAAAGCCAAGCGAAAAUCUACCAGCCUCGGCCAGCUUGCUGACGGCAACCAUGGUGAACAGCAGACGCAGAACGUCGGGCACGAAGACGACUGGAUAACAGAGGAGUCCCGCCGAGAUGUCAGCACAAUGUCGCCAGUUGAAGGUUACGCUGAAUUGAGUGGUGAGUCAGUCCUGGUGCAUGCACCGACGACCGUACUGUCAACGAGUCUGCCGGCAUUUGACUCUGUCCCAAGGAGAUGGACAAGCAUGCUAGCUGCCAUGCCUCAGCCUGUCAAACGGGGGAUUGAUAUAGUUCGCAAGGCAUCUGUACGCACAGUCCGUUCACACCGAAGCAAUGUCAGCGUGAUUGAACCCCUGAACAGCACUCGGAUGAGCUCGCAGACACCUCGGCUGGGUCCUGUGCCUCAGCUUGCACCUCCAGAAUUUGGGCCACCAUUGACAUCCUCUGACAUCAAUCUCAGUCUUCACUUUCCCGAUCCUCCCCAGGUCUUCCGACCACCGUUGCGUCAGGUCCAAAGUUUCUUCUCUGAUGACAGCUCAGCUCAGACAUCGAGGGUGCACCCCUGGAAACGAUUUGACCUGCAUAGCCUCAGGAGUGGGUUGACAAGGUCAUCCGGUGUACUGGGGGCCAAACACAAUGGUGGUCAGCAUAUAAACGGCCUCAAGCUCAGCCAUUCAUGCCAGAUGAAAGGACAGAGCUCCUUUGAAUAUUCUCGAUCACCACUAGGAGACGCCAUGCCCACGGCUGAGUCUGCAGCCAAGAAAAAAAAAGUGAUCGACAGGUUCAAGGAUUGGUGGAAACGACAGUGCAUGCAGAAAACCCUGUCCAUGAUGAAAAAGAAGAACGGCAGAAAUGUGCGCAACGGAGCUCUUGUAUAGGACACGAUCUCUGGCUUCUGGCGGAAGGUUGGCAGUUUUUGCUGUGGAAAGGGGUGCUUUGCGAGGAGGGGCGAAUCAGGCACCUGGGGGCCGGAGGACUAUGAGCGAUAUCCAAUGUGACAGCAGGUAUUCUCUGCGCAAAUAUACAGUAUCAACGAGACAAAGACAUAGACCAGAAUCUGCAAGAAAGUCCUCUUCA